AUGCCCGAAGAUGAUCUAGAUCCGAAAGAGGUUGAUGGAACGCUGGAUGAGGACGUUCCAGUGGGGAAUAAAGAGGAGCAACCUAAUCCGGAGGAGACGUUGAUUGUUAAGCUGUUAGCCAAGAAGUUGUCGGUGUCUUUCAUGAAAAAGAGGCUGGAGAACAUGUGGGCACGAGAAGGUAAAAUUCUUGUGACUGAUGUUGAAAACGAUUUUAUCUUUGUUAGGUUUGAGAAGAAGGAGGAUAUGAAUUUUGCUCUAUUAGCUGGUCCAUGGAGCAUCUUUGGUCACUACCUAGCCAUUCGUAGGUGGGAACCGGAUUUCCAUGCUAUGCAAACUUCUAUUGGAAAAAUUACUGCUUGGAUAAGACUUCCUGGGUUUCCAAUAGAGUACGUCAACACAUCCCUUAUGAAGAGUCUUGGAGAUUGGGUAGGUACUUUCAUCAAAUUGGAUUCUGCUACAACGAACUUAGCAAGGGGUAAGUUUGCAAGGAUCUGCGUUGAAUUAGACCUAAGCCAGCCUUUAAAAGCUGAAUAUUAUACUGAUGGAAAAUAUAAACAAGUUAAGUACGAAGGUUUACACCUGGUUUGUUUUGGAUGUGGGAGGUAUGGUCAUAAUGUUGAUGCUUGCCCUAGUGCAGUAAAAUCAGAUCAAAUAGUGAGCAUAGAUGAUGAAUCUAUUUGUAAGGAGUCUCAGGAGAAGGCAUACGGGGGAGGGGAAGCUGAAGUGCAAUCUUUUAACUUUGGCCCUUGGAAGGUUGUGUCACGAACAAAAAAAGGUAAACCCAAUUCACAUAGGGGAGGUGCAGCUACAAACACUGAGGAAAAACAAGAUAAAAAGAAAACAUUUGCGGUUGCGGAACCGAGGGCUUCUCAGGAAAAGGAUCAGUCUGAAGGGAAAUCUAGCCAGAAGGUGAUGAAGAACAACACUUCGAAGGAGAAGGAGCAACACCGGACCACCAAUCAUGUUCAAGCUAGAUCAAAUGCGCACAAAGAGAAAGUUCAAUUGGUUGAAACAGAGAGUGCUUAUAGGUUGGUAAGGGUCAAUUUAGCACCUCCAGAUGUUAUGGUGAUAGAUCAGGCCCCUAAACCACCUGAUCCAGCAUCAACCCAAACUAUGGAGUACGAGGCAGCUGGAGAUAGGGGGCAGUCUAAUGAUGAAUUUAUAGUUCAGAAUCAGAAGAUGUUGCUAGGAGCAGCCAAAGCGAAACUUGGUCAUUCUCUAAAGCUUUUGGUUGAUAAACAUGAAUCUUGCAUUGUUAUGCUUAUGGAGACUCGUACACCUAGUGUUAACAGUACAAAAAUUAUGAAGAAACUUUGUUUUGAUAAGAUUAUAUUUGAAGAAGCUAAUGGCUUUGCUGGAGGUAUUUGGGUUAUGUGGAACUCAAAUAAAGCAAGAGUGGACUCCAUCUGUCAAGAGAGCCAAUUCAUUCACAUGAAUAUUGAAGUGGAAGGUAUUAAGAAGUUUGUGUGUACAGCUGUUUAUGCCAGCCCGCAUGAAGGAACUCGACAUGAUAUGUGGGAGAAGGCGUCUUAUCUUAGCCAGUCUAUUAAUGAGCCUUGGAUCAUGGCUAGUGAUUUUAACGAUAUCAAAUGUAGCAGUGAGAAAAAAGGAGGUACCAGACCGGACCUAGCAAAAUGUUUGAGAUUCCAAUCUUUCUUGGAUAACUGUCAGGUUAGGGAUGUUGAUGUUAAUGGUGCAAAGUUCACAUGGCAGGGACCAAAGUGGAACAAUCUUGAUAGAGUUUAUAAGAAACUAGAUAUAAAAUGUGCUAAUCUGCAAUGGACGCUGGAGUUUGGAGAUGCUACGGCUCAAACUCUUCCUAGGGUUCUUUCUGACCAUAAUCCUCUUCUUUUGAAGCUGGAAAAACAAAGUCAGCAUUGGCAGCAUAGACCGUUUAGGUUUAUGGCAACAUGGAUGGAUCAUCCGAGUUUUGAUACCCUUAUGGAGGAUAAGUGGAAUAAAACUGAGGAGAUCUCGCGAAUGCUUCCAAGGUUUGUGCCUCAUCUUCAUAAAUGGAAAAGGGAGAAGUCAAGGCAAAAAUGGAUAGAUGAUGGAGACAAGAACACUCGAUUUUAUCAUCUUAAAACUGUUUUACACAGAAGCAGUAAUAAGAUUUUAAAAUUGAAAGAUGAGCUACAACAAUGGAUAGAAAAUCCAAAUGAGCUCAAGCAGCAUGUUUGUCAGUUCUACAGUCAGCUGUUUUGUGAAGAAAUUACUGACAAAAGAUGGCUGGUAUCCGAAAAGAGCUGGCCUCGUUUGUCCAUGUCCGAGUUGAACAACAUGUCAAUCACGCCUACUAAUCAGGAAAUAAUGAAGUGUGUAUUCUCAAUGGGGGCUUUUAAAGCACCAGGAUCGGACGAGUUUCCUGCUGUUUUUUAUCAACGACAGUGGAAUCAAAUUAAAGGUCAGGUUUGUAAGACUGUUAAAGAUUUGUGGUGUACACCAAAAAGGAUUGCUGAGGUAAAUCACACCUUGUUAGUGCUGAUUCCGAAAACUAAAAGACCAGAAUCUAUUACCCAAUUUCGGCCAAUAUCUCUUUGUUCGGUUCUUUAUAAAAUUCUGUCCAAAUUCAUUGUUGGGAGACUCAAACCUGUGAUGGAAAAGAUCAUUUCACCAUCUCAAGUCAGCCUUGUGCCGAACCGGCAAAUCCAAGAUAACAUUAUCAUUGUACAAGAGCUGGUUCAUUCAAUGAGUAAAAUGAGGGGGAGGAAAGCUUUUAUAGCCAUCAAAAUCGAUUUAGUCAAGGCAUAUGAGAGGGUUAGCUGGCAGUUCAUGAAGAAGACUUUGGAAGAAAUUCACAUUCUUGAUGUGAUGGUCAAGUUGAUAAUGCACUGUGUCUCCUCGUCUACGAUCAAUGUGCUUUCGAAUGGAGGGAAAACACAUGAUUUCUUUCCUUCUAGAGGUCUUCAGCAAGGAGAUCCACUCUCUUCAUAUUUGUUUGUAAUGGCUAUGGAAAAGUUGACACAUAUAACUGAUAUUGCCUCAAAUGGUGAGCUUUGGAAGCCUAUGCGUGUGGGAAAGAAUGGCCUUAGGAUAUCUCAUGUAGCUUUUGCUGAUGAUCUAAUGGUGUUUAUGGAAGCUAGUGAGGAACAAAUUCACAUUUUGCUCAAAUGUUUAAGCUUGUUUGAAGAGAUGUCUGGGCAAAAAUUAAGUGUUGAUAAGACUAGUGUUUUCUUCUCAAAAAAUACAUCGGAGGAGAAUAUUAAUAAGAUUGUCCAGGUCAGUGGGUUUAAAAGAGUGAAGAAUAUUGGUCGAUAUUUGGGCUCCAUGAUGCAGCAUGGGCGGGUGAAGAGAAGUUUGUAUGAUGGUAUUGUUGAUCGGGUCAAGGAGAAAUUGAGUAACUGGGAAAGACAAUGUCUAUCUCAAGCAGGUCGUAUAACUCUUGCUCAAUCAGUCAUGACAACCAUUCCUUUCUUUCAAAUGCAAAGUUGCAUGCUUCCAAUGUCUGUUUGUGAUGAUAUUGAGAGAAUGCAGCGUCGGAUCAUAUGGGGAGAUUCGGAUAUCCAGAAGAAGAAUCAUUUGAUCAGCUGGGACGUAAUUACUUUGCCCAAGGAAUGUGGUGGUUUGGGUUUCAAAAAAUUAAACCAGAUGAAUUAUGCUUUCUUGGCUAAGAGAGCAUGA